UAGAGGGGGCGGUGCUCUCCCGAAUCGAAUUAGGAUCGUCGAAAAGGGAAUAAAAAUCGUGACGAAGAUGACGGUAUUGGGUUCAAAUAACGUUAGAAAUUUGUUCUGCAUGAAGAGGGUCGUUGUUUGGUAGACCGAUUGUAUCUUGAAUGGGAUACCUAAGCCGAAAUUCGAAGAAAUACAAACCUAUUGUUGGUAGGGAAAGACCGGGUUGGGAAAGGUGGAGAAGGGGCGCACCGGCGUUCGGCCUCAUUCCAUUUCGAACUGCUCCGAAAGCCGGUAGCAGGGUCUAAGAACUCUCGUGCUUUUCAGUUCUUCUUAGUUGUCCAUCCGAUCUUUUAACAUUCAAGACCAAUAAAGAGUAAAUAAACGCGCGCGAGAUCUUUUCGUUUCGUGUUUUUUCACCCAGUGUUGUUCAGUUCUUGAGUGGUGCUUCUUCCGUUGAAUCACCGAAGGAUGUUGGAUUUGCAAACUACUACGAGGCCGCCAACGAAACACAGCACAGCCACGAUGUCAAGGAAAAGGACGAGGAGCAGAUCCGAAGACAACAUCUACGGACAAUCCAAAAUCCAAUCCCUCAACCUGUCUUUCUGCGAUGCAGCGCUGUUUAGUGAGGACGAAGGGGCGAGAAAGAAUUUGGAGCAAUGCGAUUACAGCAUUAAAAUAACGAAAGAGAUGGCGGAGCGCGGGGAAUCCCCGCGCCCGAUCAGAGUCUAUGCGGACGGGGCUUUUGACCUGUUCCAUCAGGGCCAUGCAAGAAUCCUCUUGCAAGCCAAAAACUGCUUUCCCAACGUCUAUCUCAUCGUCGGAGUGUGCAGUGACAAGACGUUGCAUAGACUGAAGGGACGUACCGUCAUGGACGAGGAGGAACGUUACAAUGCGGUCAGACACUGCAGAUACGUUGAUGAGGUGUUAAGGGACGCGCCCUGGGAACACAGCGAGGCGUUCAUCGCUGCCCACAAAAUCGAUUUCGUCGCCCACGACGACAUCCCUUAUCCCAGUGAAGACACUGAAGACAUUUAUGCGCCGCUGAAGAAGAAGGGCAUGUUCAUAGCCACUCAAAGAACGGAGGGUGUCUCCACCUCCGACAUCGUAGCGCGUAUUGUCCGUCACUACGACGUCUACGCCCGCAGGAAUUUAGCCAGGGGUUACUCCGCAAAGGAACUGAACAUCUCCUAUCUGAGGGAGAAGAAGUUCAAAUUUCAGAAUAAAAUGGAGUCGCUCAAAGAUAAGAGCAAGGAAUUGCUGGGGAGCAUCGGUGAGAGGAAGGACGAUAUCAUCAACAAGUGGGAGGAGAAGAGCAAAGAGUUCAUCGACAAUUUCCUGAUGCUCUUCGGAAGGAACAGGAAUAAAUUGAAGAGCAUUCUGACCGGAUCGCGUUCCCGGAUCAUGAAUGCUAUAACACCGCCCGGAUCGCCGAGCCGCUCCUACGAUGAUGAGGAUGAUGAUAGCGAUAACGAAAUCAUCAUAGAGCCUCCAAGUAAAAUUAGACUCACAUAAAUAAACGAAAACAAUCACAACAAUAAGAGGGAAAACAUAUUCAUAUUUUUAGAUGAUCAUUUGUUUUCAAUAAGUUUCAUAGGUUUUCUUUAGUUUUCUCUCUUACAAGUACAGUUUUUACUAUAUAUCAUAUACUUCCUCUCUAAUUUUAUUUUUGGUCGCCGGUACUUAUUGAUUAAGGUACUUAUUUUUUAAUUUUAAAAUUCAACGAAAAAAAACUUUCAAGAAAUCUUUUGAAUUCAUUUUUUUACCUAUUUUGACAUAAUUGCGUUACUUACCGAGUGCAUUUUUUUAAAUCAUCGAGACUGACUCUUUAGCCUCAUACUCAAUCUUAUAACGUUAUGUUGUACAUAACGCUGAUUUCACAAUCGAAGACUGAAGCUUAUCAAGCGUUUAUUUGGAUGCAUAUACAAAUCUUGCGUAACAUAUCUUCUCUUCUUUACGCAUUCUUCACAUGUUUUUUUCUCUCAUGUAUGAAUGUUACACACAGCCAUAACAAGCGAUUUGUAUGUAAGCAAGGGAUGAAUAUUAAUUGUUGCAUUUUAUCUAUUUUACACAUAUUCUAUGCUUUUUUUU